AUGACAUUGAUAAUAAGGUGUGUUGAUGUCUCCACGGUUCCAAUAAAGGUACAAGAAUAUUUUUUGCAAUUUUUGGUUGUGAAUGAGACAGAAGGUCAAGGGUUGUUUGAAAAAUUAAAGAAUGUGUUACAUCAUAUUGGUCUUGAUAUUGAUGAUGUCAGAGAUCAAGACUAUGAUAAUGGAUCAAACAUGAAGGGGAAAUAUAAAGGUGUACAAAGAAAACUACUAGACAUUACUCAUAGAGCAUUUUAUACACUUUGUUCUACACAUUCUCUCAAUUUGACAUUAUCUGAUGUUGCAAACUCUUGUCAAAAAGUAGAAGAGUUUUUUGGAGUUGUUCAACGUAUUUACACCUUAUUUGCAGACUCUACUAAAAGGUGUGAAAUUUUGAGAGAAAAUGUAUCAGAAAAAGGUUACACUUUGAAAUCAUUAUCGACAACACGGUGGGAAAGCAGAGUUGUUAGUGUGAAGGCAAUAAUUACUCAAGCUCUUGAAAUAAGAGAAGUUUUACAUCAGCUUGCCGAGAAAACAACAGAUUCUUGUAUUAAAAGUGAAGCCAAGUGUCUAGCAGAUUAUGAACUUGGAAAAUUUAAAUUUAUUGUAGGGAUGGUUAUUUGGUAUAAUAUCUUGGCUAAAGUGAAUAUUGUCAGUAAACAAUUGCAGUCUGAAAAUAUGCGGAUUGAUGUAGCAAUGAGUAGUGUGAAGGCACUUAUUGCAUUCUUUAGAGAGUACAGAGAAGUAGGGCCAUCUGAACCACCUAUUGAAGAAUCAAGUCAAGAAUCCUUCAUAAUUCAUUACUUUUUAUACAUAAUUGAUGAAGCAAUCGGUUCAUUGGAUAAAAGGUUUGAGCAAUAUGAGCAAUAUGAGCAAUAUGAGGAGACAUUUGGGUUUUUAUUUACGGCAGAGAAGCUGAAGUCCUUGGAUUCUGUUAACCUAAAAAGAAGCUGCAACAAUCUUGAGAAGAAGCUGGAGAAUGGCCACACUUCUGACAUUAACGGUGAAGAUUUAUUAAAUGAAUUGAGACUAUUACAAAAACAUUUACCAAAUGAGCUUGAUUCAACCAGUGCAAUCCUAAAUUUCUUGAAAAGAGCUAAUUGUUAUCCUACUAGUUGUCUUGCAUAUAGAAUUAUGUUAACAGUUCCAAUGACAGUAGCAUCAGCUGAGAGAAGUUUUUUCAAAACUAAAAAUAUUGAAAUCUUACUUGCGUUCGACCAUGUCACAAGAAAGACUAAAUGCUUUAGCUUUGAUUUCUAUUGA